AUGAUGGAGGACGGGAAGCCUGUUUGGGCUCCACACCCAACUGAUGGGUUUCAGAUGGGGAAUAUCGUGGAUAUUGGCCCUGACAGCUUAACUAUUGAACCGUUAAACCAGAAAGGCAAGACUUUUCUGGCUGUUAUCAACCAAGUGUUUCCUGCAGAAGAGGACAGUAAAAAGGAUAUGGAGGAUAAUUGUUCACUAAUGUACUUAAAUGAAGCUACACUCCUUCACAAUAUCAAAGUGCGGUACUGUAAAGACAGAAUUUAUACCUACGUAGCCAACAUUCUUAUUGCAGUGAACCCAUACUUUGAUAUUCCUAAACUUUAUUCUUUGGAGACUAUUAAAAAGUACCAGGGUAAAUCACUUGGGACAUUAGCACCACAUGUCUACGCAAUAGCUGAUAAAGCAUUCCGUGACAUGAAAGUACUCAAGAUGAGUCAGUCCAUCAUAGUUUCUGGAGAAUCAGGAGCUGGCAAGACAGAAAAUACAAAAUUUGUUCUGAGGUAUUUGACUGAAUCCUAUGGUACCGGUCAAGAUAUUGAUGAAAGAAUAGUAGAAGCCAAUCCACUCUUAGAAGCCUUUGGAAAUGCAAAGACUGUUCGCAACAACAAUAGCAGCCGUUUUGGAAAAUUUGUAGAAAUCCACUUCAACGAAAAGAAUUUGGUGGUUGGUGGAUUUGUAUCACAUUAUCUUCUGGAGAAAUCCAGGAUCUGUGUGCAAGGCAAAGAGGAGAGGAAUUACCACAUCUUUUACAGGCUUUGUGCAGGUGCUCCUGAAGAUAUUAGGCAAAAACUGUAUUUAAGUUCUCCAGAUAACUUUAGGUAUUUAAAUCGUGGCUGCACUAGAUACUUUGCUACCAAAGAGACAGACAAGCAAAUUUUGCAAAAUCGCAAAAGUCCUGAGUACCUAAAAGCAGGUUCCCUGAAGGAUCCUCUACUAGAUGACCAUGGAGACUUCAACAGAAUGUGCACAGCAAUGAAAAAGAUUGGCUUGGAUGAUGCAGAGAAGCUUGAUCUUUUCAGAGUAGUAGCUGGUGUCCUUCACCUUGGAAAUACUGAUUUUGAGGAAGCUGGGAGUACUUCAGGUGGAUGCAUUCUGAAGAACAAAUCUAGUCAGUCUCUAGAAUACUGUGCAGAAUUGCUAGGUUUGGAUCAGGAUGAUCUGCGUGUCAGCUUAACCACCAGAGUCAUGCUUACAACAGCAGGGGGCACCAAAGGAACAGUUAUAAAGGUACCCUUGAAAGUAGAACAAGCAAACAAUGCACGUGAUGCCUUGGCUAAAACUGUAUAUAGUCAUCUUUUUGAUCAUGUGGUAAACCGAGUAAACCAGUGUUUUCCAUUUGAGACCUCCUCUUUCUUCAUUGGCGUGCUAGAUAUAGCUGGUUUUGAAUAUUUUGAACACAACAGUUUUGAACAGUUUUGUAUUAACUACUGUAAUGAAAAGCUGCAGCAAUUCUUCAAUGAAAGGAUUCUGAAAGAGGAACAAGAACUUUACCAGAAAGAAGAUCUAGGAGUCAAUGAAGUGCACUAUGUAGAUAAUCAGGACUGUAUAGAUCUGAUUGAAGCAAAAUUAGUAGGUGUGCUGGAUAUUUUGGAUGAAGAAAAUCGUCUUCCACAACCAAGUGACCAGCAUUUUACUUCUGUGGUGCAUCAAAAACACAAGGAGCAUUUCAGACUAUCUAUUCCCAGGAAGUCUAAAUUGGCUGUUCACAGAAAUAUCAGAGACGAUGAGGGCUUUAUUAUCCGACAUUUUGCUGGAGCAGUGUGCUAUGAGACGACCCAGUUUGUGGAGAAAAACAAUGAUGCUUUGCACAUGUCCCUUGAAUCUCUUAUAUGCGAAUCCAAGGAUAAGUUUGUCCGGGAACUAUUUGAAUCUACCACUAAUAACAACAAGGAUCCCAAACAAAAAGCAGGAAAGCUUAGCUUCAUCAGUGUGGGAAACAAAUUCAAGACUCAAUUAAAUUUGCUCCUUGAAAAGCUUCGCAGUACUGGGUCAAGCUUUAUUCGCUGCAUCAAACCUAAUUUAAAGAUGACAAGUCACCAUUUCGAAGGGGGACAGAUUCUCUCUCAGCUUCAGUGUUCAGGUAUGGUGUCUGUUUUGGACUUGAUGCAAGGUGGCUUCCCAUCACGAGCAUCAUUUCAUGAGCUAUACAAUAUGUACAAAAAGUAUAUGCCUGCAAAACUAGCUCGACUGGACCCUAGACUUUUCUGCAAGGCACUAUUUAAAGCCUUGGGCUUAAAUGAAAAUGAUUACAAAUUUGGAUUAACAAAGGUGUUUUUUAGACCUGGCAAGUUUGCAGAGUUUGAUCAGAUAAUGAAGUCUGAUCCAGAUCAUCUAGCGGAGCUGGUUAAACGAGUCAAUCACUGGCUUAUCUGCAGUCGCUGGAAAAAAGUUCAGUGGUGUUCUCUCUCAGUGAUUAAAUUGAAAAACAAAAUAAAAUACCGAGCUAGUGCCUGCAUUAAAAUACAAAAGACUAUUCGUAUGUGGCUUUGCAAGAGAAAGCACAAACCACGCAUUAAUGGCCUAAUAAAAGUGCGUACACUGAAAAAGAGACUUGAUAAAUUUAAUGAAGUAGUAAGUGCUCUGAAAGAGGGAAAACCAGAGAUGAGCAAGCAGAUCCGGGAUCUGGAGUUAUCUAUUGAUGCUUUGAUGGUCAAGAUUAAGGCCACUGUGAUGACGAGGGAACAGAUACAGAAAGAGUAUGAUGCUCUAGUUAAGAGCUCAGAGCAGCUUCUGAGUGAGCUACAGAAAAAGAAGCAGCAAGAGGAGGAAGCGGAGAGGCUGCGACGCAUCCAGGAGGAAAUGGAAAGAGAAAGGAAAAGACGUGAAGAGGAGGAGCAACGUCGCAGAAAGGAAGAGGAGGAAAGGCGACUAAAAUCUGAGAUUGAGGCAAAGAGAAAACAGGAAGAAGAAGAGAGGAAGAAGAGGGAAGAGGAAGAAAAACGUAUUCAGGCUGAAAUUGAGGCACAACUAGCUAGAGAGCGUGAAGAAGAGACCCAACAACAGGCAGUCCUUGAACAGGAACGUCGUGACCGUGAACUUGCGAUGAGAAUUGCACAGAGUGAAGCAGAGCUAAUCAGUGAUGAGGCUCAGCUUGAUUUAGGAUUGCGAAGAUUGGAUACUGAAAUUAUUCAGCCUGUUCCAGUAUUUGCUAAAGUCAAUGGAACAAGGCCUCAAAUGACUGCGGAACAAAUGGCCAAAGAAAUGUCAGACGUUUUGUCUAGGGGCCCUGCAGUUCAAGCCACAAAAGCUGCGGCUGGCACUAAGAAACAUGAUCUUAGUAAGUGGAAAUAUGCAGAACUUCGUGACACAAUCAAUACUUCCUGUGAUCUUGAACUACUGGCAGCUUGCAGAGAAGAGUUUCACAGACGACUAAAAGUAUAUCAUGCGUGGAAAUCCAAGAAUAAGAAACGUAAUACAGAAACAGAACAGCGUGCUCCAAAAUCAGUCACUGACUAUGAUUUUGCACCAUUUUUCAACAACUCAACUCAACAGAACCCAACAGCUCAGUUGCCUGCCAGGCAACAGGAGAUUGAAAUAAACAGACAACAGCGUUACUUCCGUAUUCCCUUCAUUCGCCCAGCAGACCAGUAUAAAGAUCCUCAGAACAAGAAGAAAGGUUGGUGGUAUGCACAUUUUGAUGGGCCUUGGAUUGCUCGACAAAUGGAACUUCAUCCUGACAAGCCACCUAUUCUGCUUGUAGCGGGGAAGGAUGAUAUGGAGAUGUGUGAACUAAAUCUUGAAGAGACUGGCUUAACUCGAAAGCGUGGUGCUGAAAUUUUGCCGAGACAGUUUGAAGAGAUUUGGGAGCGCUGUGGAGGCAUCCAGUAUCUUCAAAAUGCAAUUAAGAGUAGACAAGCUCGCCCUACAUAUGCAACAGCUAUGUUGCAAAGCCUAUUAAAAUAG